UGCUAAUUUUAUCAUUACACACCCAAAGAUAUGGAAUUUUCACUACCAAAAAAACACUUCAAAAAAAGCAACAAAAAAAGGCUCACAGAUGAGCAAGUAAAACUCCUAGAAACAAGUUUUAACUUCAACAAGAAACUCGACUCAACUCGAAAGAGUCAGUUAGCUCAGGAACUAGGUGUCCCGGCGAGACAGAUUGCAAUAUGGUAUCAGAACAAACGAGCCCGUUGGAGAAACCAAACCCUUGAGACAGAACACAAAGCACUUCAACAUCGUCUCGAACGAGUGUCAGAUGAUAAAAACCGGCUCGAAAAGGAGGUUGAGAGACUCAAAGGGGAGUUGGAAAAGGCUAAAGAUUUGUUGAUGAUGUCAUCAAAGUCGACAAUGAAUUAUGCAUCUUUGCCAUCUAAUUUUUCAAGUUCUUGUGAUGAAGUUGGAAGCUCAAGUUUACUUGGUGAUAAUGGAGAUUUCUAUGUUUGUUUCGAUGAUCAUCAAUUUGAUCAUAAAUCAAUUGGUCAUGAUUUUUUUGCUAGAUCAAUGUCCUGAUGAUGAGAUCAAUUGUGUCAUUUUGUGUGUAAGUAAUUAAUGUCUAUGCUCUUUUACUUUCAGAAAAUAAAAGUCUUUUUGGCUACCGAAAA